CGUGUGUUUGCGGCCGUGAAGCCUGUGUCGACUAUCUGGCAACCCUGCUGGCCAUGGCAUGCGCACUGUGUGUACGCUGUUGUUUGUAAUUCCUAGUUGAGGCUCCAUUCCGUAGGAAUUGGUGGUAUAUUGCCGAACUAGGAUAGGAUGUCACUGGAAGGCCAACACCGCCCUCGCUGUUUCUUUGACUUCACUGUCAAUGGAAAUACUGUCGGGAGAGUAGUAUUUGAACUGUAUGCUGACAUUUGCCCUAUCACCUGUGAGAACUUCAGAGCACUAUGUACAGGUGAAAAAGGACUUGGAAAAAAUACGGGCAAACCCCUCCAUUACAAGGACACCCCUAUUCAUAGAAUAGUCAAGGAUUUUAUCAUCCAGGGUGGUGAUUUUAGUGCAGGAAAUGGGACUGGAGGGGAGUCUGUUUAUGGUAGCACUUUCAAAGAUGAAAAUUUAGAGUUAAAACAUGACCAACCUUUCCUCCUCUCCAUGGCCAACCGUGGCAAGGACACAAAUGGAUCACAGUUCUUCAUAACUACAAAACCAUCUUCUCACUUGGAUGGGUUGCAUGUUGUUUUCGGCCAAGUGGUUUCUGGUGAAGAGGUCGUGUCUACUGUAGAAUCAUUAAAGGUCGAUGGCAAUUCCAAGCCAGUAGCAGAUGUCAGAAUCUCAAGCUGUGGAGAGUUGGUCUUGCGACUGAAAACAAAAGUAUCCAAGAAGGCAAAGAAAAAGAAAGAAGCAGCAGAAAGCUCAGAUUCAGAGGGAUCUGCGGACUCUGUAAAUGAGGAGAAAAAGAACAAGAAAAGAAAGAAAAAGCAAAAGAAAACUAAGAAAUCAAAGAAGAAAUCCAAGAAAGAAGAGGAACCAGUUGUGAAGCAAGAGGUGAUAGAGAGCGAGUUUGUCUCAUCCAUCAAAGCAGCUGAGAUUCCUGAAGUCCCCUCCAACAAGUUCCUUUUGCGUAGAUCACCUGUCAAAGAUGAAAAAAAACAAAAUGGAGUAAAAAAUGUCGCUGGGAUUAGACGUGGAUUAACUAUGGAUUCUCGUGUGCAGAUCUCGCGUUCUGGUCGUAAAAUUAGAGGAAGGGGUACAUUGCGAUACAGGACGCCAUCUCGCUCACGCUCAAGAAGCACCACACCGCCCCACUGGCGCAGGGAGAACCAGCGCCUUGAGACUCAAAGAAUGCAAAAUGCAGGUCCUAACAGAUGGCAGAGGGGUGACUUUGAGGAGCGUCAAAUGGGCAGGCGACAACAGCGGGAGAGACCAUCACCUGAUAAAUGGGAAACAGGAAAAAUUAUGGAAGACCCAGAAGAGAAAAGAGAAAGGCGGGAAAGGUUACGACAAGAGAGAAAUAAAAGUGAAGUAAAUAAAGACAAGAACCAAAGGCAAGAAAAAAGACGAGAUGAGGAGAGGCUUAAAAAGAGAUCUAAGGAUGAAAAGGAGGAAAAGGAAAAGUCUCCAGAAAGGUCACGUAGAAAAAGAGAAAUAUCUCCAAUUAUAGUAUCAGUGUCUAAUGAAAGAGCGCAAAGAGUGCGUGAAAAAUCUCCAGAUAAAUCCAAGGAAAGAAGAUCUCUGCAAUCCCCCACGAGGACAAGUGAACGAACCAAGCACAGGUCACAAACUCAGUCCAAAGUUCAGAAUUCAGGAUCGCCAAACAGGGCAAGAGAGGAUAGAACUAGGCGUAGAUCACCUGUCGUGUCAAAGAAUAGGGUUAGUCAGAGAUCCCCUAAUAGAACCGUAGAGAGGGUACACCGAAGGUCACCUGACACGUCAGAAGGAAGGCCACUAGUGUCACGUGACAGAGAAAGUCGGAGAUCACCAGGUGUGUCAAAGGACAGGAGGAGAGAAACAUCAUCAUCAGUGGAGAGAACCAACCAAAGAUCCCCAGUCAGAUCAAGAGAACGCCAAAACUCGGUAGGCAGGUCAACAGGUAAGCGUGAUAAGUCGCAAAAUAGUCGAGAAGCAGCAAGUUCUAAAAGUAAGGCAAUGUCUCCAAAACAAGUUCAUUCACCAAGGAGAGGAAGGUCACCUGUUAGAUCUCGAGGCAGAGGUCGUAUGCAGUCACCAGCAAGGUCUAGUCGCAAGUCUAUGGAAAAGAAUGAUAGUAGAGAACGGAAGGCUAGGAAUGAUAAAUCACCAAUGCCCCAAAAACAAAGGAUUGAUGAACAGAGAGGGAGGUCUAGAUCUGUAAGUCCAGUCCUUCGUAGAUCAGGAUCAUCUAGUUCCAGUAGUAGUUCUUCUGUAGAACCUAUUCCAUCUGAUGUCAGAAAGCCUAGAAAAUCGUCAAGACCCAGUUCUUCUCCUGAACCAGCAAAGCUAUCUAGAAGUCAGAACAUAAAAGAACAAGACACCAAAAGCCAAGAAAGUUCGGAUCAAGGAUUGAAGCUCUUUGAUGAUGGCAGAUGCGAGUCUGACCUUGAGGCUAGAAGAGAAGAGGAAGAAGACCCAUACUCAAUGGAAGCCAGAAGGAAGCACCAGCUUGCAAAAGAAAAGAGUAAGCCUUCCACAUCAGUAAAGGAAGCUUUCCAGUGGAAACCACCUGUUGAAGAAACUGAUGAAGAAGACAGAGGCCCAGCCAGUGCUGAUGAGAAAACGAGCUCACCAGAAGUGAUACGAGAAGAGGAAGACCUACUGGAGAGAGUUGAAAAAGCAAAGGAAGUGUUUAAGGAAUUAGAGGAGCAAGAGAGAAAGGGGCAAGAACGACAUGUAGAAAUGGUUACAAUAGAACCAUCCCUUGCCUUAAAAUAUGGAUGUAAAGUGGUAGAAAAAGAUUCAAUAAGGCAUGUCCACCCUCUGUUACAAUUGUCUUCUCCAUCGAACUUCAUUAAACUGGUAGAAAAGAAACCAAGGAUGGAUGAGGAAUCAAAGGUGCCAUCAAAUAAUAGUUCCUUACUCUCACCACAGAAGUUACCUCAGAUCAAGGUAACACCAAAAGUUGAUGAGGAAAGAGAACAUAGAAAGAAAGCUCCAAGUAGACGUUCAAGGGAUUCCUCUGAAAGUUCAUCUUCUUCAAGGGAGCGAAGCAGUACUCGACACCGCCGGCAACGAAGUUACAGUUCAAGUUCCGAUGAUGAUAGAAGGCGACGAUUGUCACCAAAAGGCAGACGGUCACCACCUCGUCGCAGGACGCCACCUCGUCGCAGAUCACCACCUCGGCGUAGAUCUCCACCUAGACGUAGAUCUCCACCUAGGCGUAGAAGCCGGAGCCCAGUAAGACGGAGAACACCUGUACGAAGGUCUCGAAGCCGAUCACGCAGCAGAGGUGGACGAGACAGAAGAAGAUCACCAAGGAGAAGGUCAAGAUCACCGUAUAGAGGGCGCCGUUCCCCAUCACCACGCCGUUCAUACAGAAGAAGUCGAUCUCGAAGCCGGAGCAGAACACCACCACGCCGCAGAAGGAACGAAAGUCCACCAAGAGGUCGUGGUCGUCGACGCUCAACCUCUUCAUCAUCGAGAAGUUCUUCUAGUGGUAGCUCGCGUAGACGGUCGUACAGUAGCAGGUCUCGCUCACGUAGCACUAGCACCAGCAGCAGUGAUUAGUCACUCACAAAAAUAUUUUUAUGUCCGUCACAUUCCUCUUUGCUCUAUAGACAUAAUUAAAUAAAUUGUUUGCAAGAUUUGGCGUGGUAUUGAAAUUGAUGAUUUUAAAUCAAAGCCAGAGUCACUUCAGUUUUACAAUCCUUGUAAUGCCAAACCAAGUAAGCCUAUAAGCUAAAUGUAUUUUGACAGAAAGGGGUUGAUGAUUAAAGCCAGAAACCAAAUCAAACAUAAAUUUGUUCAAAUAUUGUAAAGUCAUCAAACCAGUAGAUUUCCAAAAAAUGUUUUGGUGUUGUUGCUUUAAAAUGAUCUUAAAACACUGCAAAAAGGUGGAUUUGGAUUAAUAGUUUGUCAAGAUCUUUUCCAGUAUUACCGUUUGCAGUAUUUAUUUCCCCUCUAAUAUUCUGAAAUAAAUAUCAGUAACAGUUAAAUAUUUUAGUUGAAUUGGGAUAAAAAAAAAUGUAUCGUCUAUUUAUACAAGGCAUGACCAUGGAAGAAUUAGCUUUGAUAUAAUAAUCGGUGCUUGAUUAUUUACAAUUUGGAUAUAUAGUAUUUGAUGAACUUGUAUAUCUAAUCACAUGUCUUAAACUUACUAUUACUGUAUAGGACUGUUAUAUAUGGCCAAAGCAGAAAUUAUGUAAAUUUGUCCUGUUUAUUAAAUUUGUAGGUUUGAAUGAAGGGUGUAUCCAGCAUUUAAUAAAUGGGAUAGCUGGGUAGCAUGGUUAUGGUAGCAUGGUUUUAUGAUUUGCUGCUGGGAAGUACUGAAACAUUUAUAUUGAUCCAGUUUGUGUUCAAUGUUAUUUUGUGAACUAUGUGAAAUUCUUGUUCUUGCCAAACAUAUUGUUAACCAACAUGAUCCUUAAUCACUCCCUGCCCUACAGUAAAAUUUAUUCUCGUUCCAAAGCAUUAAACCGUUUGCCUUACGAUCUACUGUUGUAUUUUAGGUUAGCUUGCAUUUAACCAAAUUCAUCUGUUGUAUCGUGGCGCAAUAAAUUUAUGUGAUACAGUAAGUUUGGAAGAUGCUGAUAUUUAAUUGUAAAGUUUUUGGCAAGGAUGGUUGGUUUUGGGUGUGGGAUGCAUUGUCCUACAAUCAACAUUUGUAGGCUAGAAAAUUUGUAGGACAGAUUUUUGAUAUGACAAUUUGUAUCAAACCUUCUGAACUGUGGUCAAGCUGGGAAUUCUUGUUUGUUUUGUUUUUUUUAAUUACAGUAUAAGAUGUAAAUUUUUGUUGUGAUGGAUUUAUAAGAGUAGAAAAAAAGAACAAAUUCCAACUAAUGAUCAUUGAAGCUUUUUACUGUGAUAAAAGCAUAGAUACAUCUAGUCCUGCUUUUGCAAGCUAAAAUGUGCACCAUACAUAAAUUAUGUGAUCUGAUAAAGAUCCACACUGUUUAAUACUGAUUUCAGUAUUGUCAUCUCUGGUAUAGGUAUGUCUGUCACUGGUAGCAAUGUAGUAAAUGUCAUUGAUAUUGGUAGGUCUGUUUCCGAUAUCAGUAUCUCUGUCAUCGUUAUUGGGUGUCUCAGUCACUGGUAGUGGUAAGAAAAAACACAAUAUUGAAGGGUCGUCUCUGGUGCCUAUUGUUGGAAAGCAUAAAUACCAAUCAGUUGCUCUGAACACUUUUUAACCUUUUUUAUUACUUUUAAUUGGAAAUAAAUGUUCUUACAAAAAAAA